GGCGUGUGCAUCGUUAUUGGCCUCUAGGGGAAGCAAAUAAUGUCACGAAAUUUCAGUACGAGUAGAUACCUGCAUCACCGCAUUCUAGAAUUCCCUACGAAAUGUAUCCUUUGCUUGGCAUUUUGAAUAUGAAAUCAUGGAUGUACUAGUUCUUUAGACGAGCAGCGCCAUCAAAAAUCUAACCACGCAUUUAGAAGUUUUUACUUUAUUGAUGAAUAACAAAUUAAAAAUAGUUUCAGUUUGAUCUUGCCGAUGUCUCCAUCGUUUCCGUUGUAACUGAUUCUGACGUCUUAACGGACAGGAAGAGAUAGCUUGCUUUGUCUAUCUCUUUCAUGGACAAGAGACGACGGAUCUGCGAGUACCGCAGAACAACUACCAGAACAACAACAAGCACUGAACAGAGAAGCUGCAAAAAGGAUGAACCUGAACGUGACUGGGUUCGCGGGCAAACUUGGUGUCCUCAACGGCGUCUAUGGUGCACAAGGGGCGAACCAUGGCCGUACCAAGUACCACAAGAGCCUCCCUGUCGCGACGUCGACUGGUGAGGGAAUGCCCCACACAGCCUGUAUAUACUACUGGGAUGAGCGAGAUGGUGAGGACAUGUCUGGCUGGUGGAUUGCGCCGGUCGUUGGUGGCGAACAGGUUUCUCAUUUAUCCUUUAUCUUUAGGGUUAUCAGCGACCAGGACAGAAGUUCUGAACAACUUUUAACACAUAAUAGACAUGUAGGAGGAUGAUCUCGUCACAUGAUGUUUUGGAACAAUUCUAAUGUUCUUUAACAAACCUCUAUUUGUUUCUCACUGUCACUGAUUGAUAUCUAUUAUAUCUUCACGAUUACCUUGUUCAUGUGCAUGAUGUUCGAGUUGAUGAAUUGAUGAGAUAAAUUGUUCUUGUUUUGUAUAAUCUUUUAUCAGGUCUGGGCGCACUGCUUCUCGAAGUCUCACAUGCCACCACGCACUGGGUGGAAAGCGCCGUGGCACUCACAGGAAGUGGAUCCGAACAUCGUGAUGGAACUUGACAGGAACCCCGCGACAGCUGCGGUACUAGAUAUUUGAUUUUUUAUAUGUUGAUCUUGAUCAUCAAUGAUGUAUAAUUGUUGUUUGAGUUUGCGUGAACAAGAUUCUCUCCCGAUUUUGAUGAAGAUGAAAGAAAUGUUGGUUCUUUGUUACUGUCAAUCAUGACUCCUGAUCUUCAAAGAAAAGCAAAAAAACUUUCCUUGUCUGUCACGCCAUGAUCGAUAGCUUUUUUCUUCUGCACUAACAGCCUGCAACGCAAGGGGGCGCUUCCGCAGGCGUCCCAGCGGCCUCUGCGAUGCAGAAGCAGAUGGAACAACAGACUGCCAUGCAGCAACAGAUGACACAGCAAUACAACAUGAUGCAGCAAUGGGGUCAGCAAUAUCAGCAUAUGAUGGGUGCCGCCACCGGAGGCCAACAGCAGCAACAAGUUGCAGCUGCAUAUAACCAGUACAUGAACAACGCAAAUACCGCUGCCGCGAUGGGGGCCGCUGCUGGUGCUCAGCCUCAGGCUGGCAUGCAGCAAGGCGGCAAUAACAUGGCUUCUGCUGGUGGUGCGAAUGCGAAUACUGGAGGACAGCAGCGACCCAACCCCUACCUGAACUACGGCGGCAAUACCGGCACUGCUGCCUACGGAGGUUCGAAUAAUGUGAUGAUGAAUCAGACAGGAGCCGGAGGCAGUAGUGUCAGCAGCGGCGCCGGCAACAACGCGGCUCCGAUGAUGAUGGGCGGCGGGGGCAUGCAAGGCGCGUCCGGCAAUAACCGUGGCAACAGUAACAUGAUGGGGGCAUCCAAUGUUGCUGGUGGCGUUGCAGCACAGUAUGGAGGAAAUAAUAAUGCUCAGGCUCAGUAUGGAGGCGGAAACAACAACAUGAUGGCGCCUGGAGGCAACACCGCUCAACAAAUGAACAACGCACAGGGUAUGAUGGGUGCGAACGCGAAUCAGCAAUGGCAAUCUUACGCGGGAAGCAACAUGGGCCCAGGCCAACAAGCAGGCCAUUCUGGAGGCGGGAGCCAACAAGCGGGAGGCUUCUACAAUCAAAACGGGAGGCAGCAGCAGAUGCAGAGCGGUGGAGGUAAGAAAGGUGGCGGACAGCAGCAUGGAGGCGGCGGGUACCAUGGCGGACCUUCGCCGACCACCAUGCCUCAACACAACAAGAAUAAGGGACAACCGCCUGUUCUAUCGCCCAACAUGGCGCCGUUCGGUACUACGGAUAGUUCGUGGCAUGUAGAUGGAGGAGGAGGUACCGACAACUCUCGCAAGCCUGGCAUGUUCGCUGCGGGUGGCAAUAGCACGAAUCGUAAUCCUAUGGGAGGUCAACAGCGCGGAGGAGGUAACCAGAGAGGGGGCGGCAAGAACUCUGCGAAAGGAGGCGGAGCUGGUGGCAACAAGCAAGGAGGUUCGUUCGGCGACCGCGGUCGAGGAAAGUCAGAGAGCAUGAGCAUCGGCAGACCAACUGACAACAUGACUCCAGCCUCUAGUAUGUCGACAUUUCCUGGCAGUGUCUCUACUCCUUCUUCUACCAUGUCCACCUCUGCCAUGGGGACGAUGGGAGGUGGAGGACAGCAUCAACAGCAGAAUAUGCGUGGUGGAAACAAGAAGGGCGGCGGCAACAACAAGAACAAACCGGGGGGAGCCCAAAAAGGCGGCGGCGGCGGCAGACAAGACGGAGGAGCAAAUCCGAAUCAAAUUCCUUUGCGCGGUCCGAAUCAAGUUCCUUCGGUCGGAGCUGGAGGCGCGCCUCAACAAGGUGGAGUGAUGCGGCCCCCUCUGAAACGUGUGGGGGGUGGAAUGCAACACUUUCCGCAGAAUGGACAAAUCACUGGAGAAGAUGACACCCAGCAAGAGGGAGGAUUCAACGGUGGUCGCCCAGUCAAAUCGCAGCGUUUAGAUCAAGCAGUAGGCAGAGGACCGGCUUCACAAAUGUAUUUUUUUUCUUAAUAUAGUUCUUCAUACCUGUUUUAUAUCUAUAUGAAUUGUAUACCUGUUUAAUAUCUAUAGAUAUCAUUUUUAGCAGACUUCUAUUGGGAUUACCAGAAUACUUACAUCUCUAUCUCUUAUUUAUUCUACACUUCUAGCCAUCUACUUCUACUUUACGAGAAGUCUAAGCCUCCUGCAUCAGGUCGAAUAUAUCUCCCGAAGAGACGGAAAAAGAGGUCGAGGCCGUGCAGAAGGAGGUGGACCGAUUGACCGAAAGCAUUCGCUACUGGAGAGAAGUGGUUUCUGUCACAGCCGCUUCAGUUUUAGGGGAUGCGUCAGCAGGAGCAGGGGCAUCCGUGAACCCUUUUGGCGACGUCUCAUCAACGACAGCGACGAGCGGAGAAGAUGCUAUGUCAACAAAGGUAACAGAUCAUGACACGGCAUUUGACCCGACCAACCCGCUUAAUUCCGAGAAAACUCCUGGAGGGAGCGAGCGAAAGAAACCGAAGAAAUAUGCCACGCUGUUUGGCAUGGACUUUAAGCGGGAAUUCGAUCGCGCAGGAGGAGUUGCGAAGGCACUAGAAAAGCAGGUUUCCGCAAGAUUGAAGCGUUUUCAGGCCAGAGCUGGGCCGACCGGAGAGGAAAAGCUUGCUCCUCUUCAAGAAGCGUUAGAUGCAUGCGCAGAACAGAUGACGAAGACCGAGGUAACUAAUACCCACACUAUAAUACGUAUAAAUUAAAAGUCAGCUCUGACUCGCACUCAUAUGGGUUUGAGGUCUAAGUAGUAAAUCCACGGAUGAAGACCACGUUCUCUAUGUAGUUGAUGAUACAACUGGGAGUGAUGAAAUCAAACGCAAACACUUCAUCAAAACUAGGAAGCGUAUCGGUCUUGCAUGAAGAAAGAAGGAGCGGAGCUAGUCAGAAUGUGGAUGGCGGAAGAGCACAUGGCUAAUGUCGACGAUUUCCAAGAAAACUGGGAUGGUGUGAAGGAGGAAGUCGCUGCCGCAAUCGGCGGUUCUGAUGACCAAACUGUGCGGAAUGCGCCACUUGAUGAAGAUGGCGCGAAAUCGCUACUUGGUAGUCAUAUAGAUAUAAUAUCACUUCCUCUCCCACUAUCGUACUAACUAGAAUUUCAUGUCAUGUAGGCGUGUUCUGAAAGAAAUAUUUCGGAGGUACUAGAAAUGAUCCAUCUGAUCACGGUCGCUAAAACGGAAGCCUCCAUUACAAAACUCGACGCCCUUAUGGCAGUCUGCACUGAACUUUGUGCGAGAUUCAUUGUAUUGCAUUGUAUUGUAUUGUAACUACAUCAACAGCUGCAGAAGCUCGACUUUUCGAACGCAUGGAUAACGUUUUUCCGGCGCUCCAGACAUUCAAGGAUGUAUUGCUGCGUCUGGAAAUGGCCGCACGAAGUGAUUUGGAGAUCUUGGACGAUGACCUGCUCAUUCCAGACGAGAUGCUGCCACCAAUGGUCGUAGUCCCUGAUUUGCCACCGUUUGAUGCUGAAAACGAGGACGCUGAGGAUUUAAUGGAGGACGGAACUGAAUUUUCUGUUAUGAUUGGACACUAAUAUUGCUUCGAUUUUCUCUUGUUGUAAUUGUAGACUCUGAAGACCUUGGUUCUGAUCGUGAUGUUGUAGUUGAUUACAUAUGCUCAGUGAAAUUUUUCAUCAUGAUGUUAAUGCUUUUGCUUAGUCAUUGUUAUGAUUCAUGAUGCCAUAUCAUCUAAUCUUGAAGCUGAGAAGGCUGAGCGGCUCCAGCAGAAGAAGAAGGAACGAGCGCAGCAAGAGCGGGACCACGCAGCCGAGAAAGCGCGGGCCGAUUUUGCAAAUGGACAGCGACGAAAGAUCUCUGUCUUGAUCGACCGGAGGAAGCUUCUCGCUCUACGACAGCGAAGUGGCGAGCAGGAGCGCUUGUUCAAAGCUGUGCGUCACAGGGCUACCAUGCGCGUAUCACGCGCAAAGGAGUUAACUUCGCGCAUUGAGAAGCAGAAGCGCGAAGAGCAGGAAGAAGAAGAAGUUCGUGCCAUUUACAGUGAGGCGCUUGCGAUUUCCUUGGCAUCAGAAAUCGCGCUUCGCGAAGUCGCACGUGCUCCGCAUAAGGGGUCCGCAGCCCCCGCUACAUCACCACGAGGAACCGAGACCACGACUGCGGAGGAGAAUAAAAACAACUCUGCGGUUACUGAAAAACCUUCAACACCUGCAUCAGGUUCCGAGAAGAACAAGAACAAGACGGCUCCAUUAACAGCGUUGCUCCCGCUGCCGGGCGUGUCGCUUGAAGAGUUUGCUCGUGUGGAGGCAAAGCUGGUUGGCUACUACAAUCGCAUUGAUGGGCUCAUCGCGCAAGAGACUGAGCGCAAUGAAAGCUCUAAAGCAAAGGGUAUUUCCAACAGUACAGCAGCCGCGGAUCGUUCUUCAUCAAUCGCUACUGCUUCUGGGGAAAACAAGGUUGACCAGCAAGAAGAGGCGGCGAAGAAACCUUUGCCACCCCGCGGCGCCGCGAGCUCGAUUUGGCUGAUGCAAGGUCUGCGAUCUUGUGCUGGACGCAUUCGAAACGCCAUCAAGGUACUGGACCGAUGGAACGCCACGCGUGAAGAGACGAAGAGAUUUGAUGAGCUACUCGCGCAUCUGCACAUCGCGCACGCUAUACAGAGCUUUGCUUGCGGGGAUCUGGAAGGAGCUUUCAAAGAGGUGAUAAAUAUGUUUUUUCAAUUACUUAGGGGAUCUGCAAGGAGCUUUCAAAGAGGUGAUAUAUCUUUUUUCAAUUACUUAAGCAAUCUUCCGUGUUCAUCUUAUCAUUAAGUCUUACAGGUUCAUCUUAUUAUUAAUAUUCCGCGUUCAUGAUACAACUGAAGAUCCACAAGAACCUAACCUAACCUAAGAUCACCAUGUCUGUCUGCUCAGCGGCUCCUGUUUCCACUUAAUUUUGAUUUUCAAUCUCACAGAGCGGCGUGGCAGGAAUGAACUUCGAGCAGCUGCAGCUUUGGCUUAUCGAUUCCGUGCACUGUGAUGCUAAAAAAGUGAAGUUGGCCUUACCUGGGUUGUUUCUGCGAGCCACACGCAAUAACAACAUGCUUCCGCAGCAGGAAGACGGGAGACUUUCGUGCAGUCAAUUUAGCCUGUGCAUCGGCCGCUGCUUCGUCGUAGCGACACAAAACGGCUUCGUCUGCGCUGAGAGCGAGGACGUCGCACCGAAAAUUGGCGAGGACCGACAAAAGCGC